AAGAAGGGGAAGGAAGGAGUGAGACAGAUAGAAGGAGGGAGGGAAGAGAGAAGAGGAAGGGGGCGGUGCACAUGUUGCCAGAGAGCUAGAGGGGGCAGCAGAGCGUGAAAGCUGCUCCAAGUAGGAAGACGAUCAAAACCGAAAGAAGACAGAGAGAGAGAGAGGGAGGCAAAAAUACCUUCCUCCACUAAUUUUUGUAUAGAUUUUUUAAAUAAUUAUUUAAUCAGUAUUUUUGUAAAAUACGUCCAAGUACACAUUGGAAUUUGUGUUUAUUUUUCUCCUUCCCCCCCACCUCUUGUCCUGGCAUCUUUGUGGUGGUUGAAGGGAGGAUUUAUCUUUGCAGAGACCCAUUGAAAGUUGAACUUGUGCAGGGGAGGAGGAGGAGGAGGAGGAGGAGGAGGUGGUGGGGGGGGGGGGCAAAGGAGCUGAAGUUGUGGAGCAAGGCGACGGAGGGGGGUAGUGGGCAAUGAGGGUGAAACUAGGCUUCCUCUUACGCAGUCUGCUGAUCGUCGGCACUUUCCUGGCUCUGGUGACGCUCUGGUCCCGGCUGCUGUCGACGCAGAGCGAGGACGGCGACCCCUUCGCCCGGCAGAUGCCAGGAAGAGAUGUCAACAAGCAUCUGCCAAAUAUUCCAGAUAAUGGACCUGUUGUGAAUAACAGAUUUCAGCCAGUUGUCCCUUGGCCUCAAGUUGAAGGAGUGGAAGUGGACCUAGAAUCUAUUCGACUGAAAAAUAAAAAUGUACCACAGCAGGCCGCUGCUGACAAUCAGCAAAAUGCAAUACAGAAACAGUUUGUUACUUUCAAGCCACAGAAGUUUGCUUACCCUGAUCCGGUGUUAAGAAAUGGUGUCCUGGGGAAUUUUGAGGCCAAACAGCCAGAACCACCAGGUUUAGCAAAUGGCCCUGGAGAAGAAGCAAAGCCUUUAGUACUGGGUCCUGAAUAUAAAGAUGCCGUGCAAGCAACUAUCAAGGAGUUCGGUUUCAACAUGGUGGCUAGUGAUCAGAUAUCGCUGGAUCGAACAAUCAAUGAUCUGAGACAUGAAGAAUGCAAGUAUUGGCAUUAUGAUGAGCGUCUGCUGACAUCCAGUGUUAUCAUUGUCUUCCAUAAUGAAGGAUGGUCAACGCUUAUGAGGACUGUCCACAGUGUGAUCAAGAGGACACCCAAAAAGUACCUAGCAGAAAUAGUUCUAAUUGAUGAUUAUAGUAACAAAGCACACUUAAAAGAAAGGUUAGAGGAGUAUUUGAAACAAUGGAAUGGAUUAGUCAAGGUAUUUCGAAAUGAAAGAAGAGAAGGAUUAAUUCAAGCAAGAAGUAUUGGUGCUCAUAAAGCAACACUUGGACAGGUUUUGAUAUAUCUUGAUGCUCAUUGUGAAGUUGGACCUAACUGGUAUGCACCACUUAUAGCCCCCAUUACUGCAGACAGAACCUCAUGUACUGUGCCACUUAUAGAUGCCAUAAACGGAAAUACUUACGCGAUAUCGCCACAAGGGGGUGGUGAUGAAGAUGGUUUUGCUAGAGGAGCAUGGGACUGGAGCAUGCUGUGGAAGCGUGUCCCCCUCUCCAAGCGAGAGAAGGAAAGGAGAAAACAUAAAACUGAACCAUAUUGGUCCCCAGCUAUGGCUGGGGGGUUGUUCGCUAUUGAACGAGAUUUCUUCUUUGAGCUGGGGCUGUAUGAUCCUGGUCUUCAAAUCUGGGGAGGUGAAAACUUCGAGAUAUCCUAUAAGAUAUGGCAGUGUGGAGGAAAAUUGCUGUUUGUACCGUGCUCUCGUGUCGGUCAUAUUUACCGUCUGCACGGGUGGGCAGGGAAUCCACCACCUGCUUAUGUUGGGUCAUCUCCAACGUUAAAGAAUUAUGUUCGUGUUGUGGAAGUCUGGUGGGAUGAAUAUGCCGACUAUUUUUAUGCAAGCCGUCCAGAAACAAAAGCCAUGGCUUAUGGAGAUAUAUCAGCACUGAAGAAGUUUCGUGAGGAACACCAUUGCAAGAGUUUUAAAUGGUUCAUGGAAGAAAUAGCUUAUGACAUUCCAGACCACUAUCCAUUACCACCCAAAAAUGUAGAAUGGGGAGAGAUCAGAGGGCACGAAACUGAUUAUUGCAUUGACAGCAUGGGUCAUACCAAUGGUGGAUUUGUUGAGCUGGGGCCUUGUCAUAGAAUGGGAGGAAAUCAGCUGUUCCGAAUCAACGAAGCCAAUCAAUUAAUGCAGUAUGAUCAGUGCUUGACCAGAGGAGCUGAUGGCUCAAAGGUUGUGAUUACACACUGUAGUAUGAAUGCAUAUAAAGAAUGGCAGUAUAUAAAGACAUUGCAUAGAUUCACACACAUUCCAACGGGCAAGUGCUUGGACCGCUCCGAAGUGCUUCACCAGAUUUUCAUCUCCAAUUGUGAUUCUGCAAAGACCUCGCAAAAGUGGGAGAUGAAUAACCUACUGGCGGUGUAAUUUGUCAUAUAAAUGUACAAGAUGGAAAAUUAUCUGUAUAUUGCUGCAAAAAAAUGUACAGUUCAGUGUGUAAAUAAUUUUUGACACACUUUCAAUGAAGGAUCUAGAAAAUUGUGAUUAUGUAAUAAUCAAAAUUAUGUAAUUACACUAUAAUUUUUUUUAAUACCUUGAAAGUUCUUAGAUGUUUACAACUUAUUUUGCUGUUAUCUUGACAGACUUUACCUUAGUAAUAAGGUGCAAUCCAAUUCUUUGGGGGAUAACACUCAGGGGCGCUGAACAUUGGUUGCUUUUCCUCAAUAGGUUUGUUUCAGUAGGUACAUUGUAAUCAGGGUCAACUAAUUUCCCCAGUUAGGCCAGAGCUGGAUCUUAACUUCUAAACUUUCCAGUAUAUUUGAUAUGUAUUCAUCAAAGGUAGCCCAAGAGCUUUUCAUUAAAUUUGUGUUCUAUCCAAUAACUAUUGUCUUACUCCAAUCUCAGACGUUGAAAGUGGUCAUCUGUGAGUUUCUAAUGGCUCUUGUUCAGUCAUGUUCAAACUUUCAUGUUGGUGGAGGGGCGUGGUGUUCUUUUCACAUAUCAAUUUGAUUCUAACAAUGUCAGUUGCCAAAAGAAAAAGGUGCUAUUAAUGCUGCAGACAUUGAUUAUUAUAAAGAGACAUAAUGUUCUUUUUAACGACAAGUACAGAAAUAGGAUAGUGUUAAAAAAAAAAUUUCUUAACCCUGUGAAUCCCUACAGUCCCUUUGGGACCAGUGAUACCAGUCUCUGCUCCAUCCAACAUCCUGAUGGUAAACUUAAUUCGAUGAUCUUUAAACUCUUAGUCAAAGAGAUGGAGAAAUACUGAUUUUCGGCAUUCUUUCGGAAAUUCAAAAUCCUCUUCCAAGAUUUCAGCCAACUUGUGUUUGGAGUUUUGCUGCUUUGGCCUUUUUAAGCAGUAAAGCCCUAAAGUCUUUGUGCUGCUUUGUAACCACUCUAUUUAUUGAAAGAAUGAAUAUUUAUCUUAAGAUGUUUGUGUUUUAUAUUAAUUGCUAAACUAGCAUUGCCAUUUUUAAACAUCUUGGAUUUCUUGCUCAAAUUCCCUUUACACAGAUGACAUUUUCCUCCAAAUGGUUUUGUGUAAAAUUGUUGCCAUGUAUAUCAUUCGGGAAAUUAGCUGGUCUUGUAAAACUCUGUGCCAUAUGAAAUAUAUUUUUCUACAAUGUACUUGAAUGUUGGUAGGAAUAAAGGUAUUUAACUUUGUACUUCAAUGUCAUGGCUGCAGCAAUUGAUCACAAUAUGUUAUUUUUCUUUUCUUAAGCAUUUCUAGAUUUAAAAAAAAAUGAAUUCCUUAAAGUUACUGUAAUAUUUAAGUCCAGCACUUUGCUGCAAUUGAGCUAUCUGUAAAUGAUUGGAGAGCAGGUUCAAAAUUCAUCUGCCAAAACACACCCUUUAUAACUAAUCUGUUGUGCAAGUUUUCUUUUGGUUAUGCACAAGUGUUGACAGACUGUAAAUAUUCCCUCAAAUGGCAAUUCCUGUACAUACUGUAAAAUGGGGAUGACUUUAGCAGGCUAAAAUUUGGGAUGGAAAUGAUAUCCAACUCUUUUCAAAAAUUAAACUAUUGUUUGUUCUACUGUACAUUUGUUCUGAAGUUGUCACCAAGCCAAAUAAAACGAACUACAACAUA